UGAUAUGAAAAUCAGUUUAAUUUCUCCGUCUGCCACACCUUGAGUCAGAGACUAGGAUAGCAACUACAGACACAAGAUCAACACCAAUCAAGAUGGAUAAGAUCUACAGUCUUCUUGAAACACACCGACUGGAGUCGUACUAUAACAAGUUCCUCAAUUUUGGUGUCAAGGAUGACAGAGAUUUCAUUGACAGUGUACAUGGUGAAGACUUAAACACCAUGGGUUUUAGUCACAUUGAGAAGAAUCGCUUUGCAUCAUUGCAAGAGUAUGUUAGAAGACUUCGCUCCCCACAGAACAAUCCCAACCAAGGCACACCUGUACAAAAAUCAAUGGAGGCCUACCACCUCACGUACACAUACCCCCAUUGUCCUGAGCCAAAAUACAUCAGAGACAUGGACCCGGCCCAAAACACACUAGAGGACCUGAUGCUGAGGAUUUGUUACCAGGAGUGUGUGGGGAAAAAUAAAGGUGUGUGCCUCUACACAGUCGAUGGAAUGCCUUUAACAGACGAUCCUUUCUUCAAUACGUGGUCAUUGAAAGAAAGGCACAUUGAAAAUGGGUCUGUGCUAUAUGCAAUAUUUACACCGAAGGAGAACUUGAAACAAGCCCCCAAAAUGCCAAAGCAUGAAAUGGUUGAAGGACGAUUUGGAGAAGAUACCCUUCGCUGCCACAUCAUGCUUAAGGGAGAUUAUGAGGUUAAGGUGGACUUGAAUUGUGAUACAAUUAAGGACUUGAGACUGAAGCUUGCCAGUGAGACUGGAAUCCCAGCACAUGUUCUCCAUUACAGCGGUGAAUCUGGCAGUGCUGGAGACACCUUGCAGGACUGUGGAGUAACUGUGGAGUCAACGGUGCAUUUUUCUUUGACCUCAUUCCCUGAAGAAAGUCAAGACUCCAUGUCAUUUUGCACAAAUGACAUCACACCCUCAGUACAACAAACUCCAAAAGGGCUGAGUGUGUUUUUCUCUACUCUGUAUGCCAUUAAAAUGAAACAAUCUGGAGAACAAGUUAAGACAUUGAUUGCAUAUAUUCGAAAACUUAGUGGAUGCAACCCUUUGGCCCAAAGUUUGUUUCAGUUACUGUGUAGAAACGAGAUUGGAACCAAUGUUCAAAAGAUUGCAAUUGUAGAAGGAUUGUACAAUCUCUUCAGAGAACUAUUGCCAAGGCCUGAGAAACAAAGAGAUGGACACGUUGUGGAAGACUUUGAGGUCUUUGAAAGCGCAAACGUGUGUUGGGCCAGUCUGCUAUCGGGAGCAGAGACAUGUAGCUCAGAGCACGAAACCUAUGCACGAAUGUAUCUGAAUUCUCAACAAGGUCAGCGCUUUUCUGACCCAGUUCGUGUCCCAGGUUUACCAGAUGUUCUUGAAAGAGCAUAUGUUCUGCAGAAAAUCAAAGAUGGGGAAAAAAUUCCAAACUGCACUGAUAAAAACCUGCAAGCAACAUCCAUGAAGAGAGCAACUGAUGUCGAGAAAUUACUGCUCAGUUUACCUCCCUCUAUGAAAUCCUUCCCUGUCUGGAUCUCCUUUGAACAGACGACAAGUAAUGGCUUUCAGAUAAAUGAUGUGGAGACUUUUGUCAACAUGAUGGAAAAUGUAAAAAAGUACUCUUACCUGACGAUUACGCCGCCCUUGAAGCUGAAGGAAAUUGGAUUACAAGGCCCAAUGCUUGUGCUCCUCAAUGAAGCUACCCUUGGUGUUUAUGUCGAUAAUGACAAAUCAAAAACUCAGAGUGUAAGAGUCUUUGAUUGUAUGGCUGGCAAAAUGCAAACUGUAGACGUGAACCUUUUGGCAAAUGAAAUGAGAGACACAAGAAGUGAUCAGACAUUUGUAACUAGCAGGACUCCCAAGGAAGCUAUUCUGGUCCUAAUAGAUACAAGCAGCUCAAUGACAGAACAAUGCUAUGAAGGAGUGAGAAUGAAGAGAAUUGAUGCUGUCAAAGAGCUCUUCCAUGCCUUUGCAACCAGAACCAUGGCUUAUAAUUUGCAUAAUGUCAUUGGCCUGAUGACAUUUGGCUCACUUGUUCAAAUGGUCCAUGCUUUUACAGAGACUAUUGAGACCUUUAUGGAAUAUGUACGCAGUGUCGAGGCAGAAGGAUUCACUCGGCUCUAUGACGCCUUACAGAAUGGCAUAACUGAGCUAGAUAAAGUCAAGAAGCAAUUCCCUGAUUGUAAACUUCGCAUCAUAUGUCUCACAGACGGGAAUGAUGUGGGGUCAGAUACCCACCCACGUGGUCUGGUUACCAAUUUGAUGAGCUCUGGCAUCGUUGUGGAUGCUGUUCUGGUGGGAGAUGUGGUGAACGAUGUGCUGCAUGGGAUCAGCUAUGCAACAGGUGGCUAUUGUUUUAAGCCAGCGACAUGCAAAGACGGUCUGAAGCUCUUUGAAAUGGAAACGGUUCUGUCCAUGGAGUUGAGGAAACCAAAAGAAGAAACUGACCCCUCUGUUCUUACAAGCGUGAGGGCGAUAAAAGCUCUCGUUGCCGGUAAAGGCUAUGAUGAAUCACCUGAAAAUGUUCUGCCAUUGGAACUCGGCAAUAAAGUGACUGUGGCAAAGAACACACUGAAAAACAAUUCGAAAACCAGAUGCUAUCUGGAGAAGGACCGUCGGAUUCUUGCAGAGCUGAGAAGCCUGCACUGUGAUCCACACCCUUUCUGCACCAUCUAUCCUACAGAGUCAGACAUGACUUUCUGGAAGAUCCUCCUGCAAGGCCCCCCUGACACGUCAUAUGAGAACGGAGUGUUCGAGCUGUACUGCCAGUUUGGUGAUUACUACCCAGUCAAACCACCACUGAUGCGAUUUGUCACACCUGUGUACCACUGUAACGUCAACAGUGUGGGCCGUAUCUGCCACAAUAUAUUUGACCGCAACUACUCUGCUCAUAUCACCAUGAGAGAGAUCCUGGAUGCUGUCUAUGGACUGCUCAUCAUGCCCGAGCCUGAAGAUCCUCUGGAUAGCAUCUUGGCUGAGGAGUUCAUGACCAGUAGAGAGACAUAUGAACAAGAGGCCAAGAAAAACACAGAAGAAAUAGCAGGAAACUCUUUGAAUGACAUGGAACAGAAACUGGUGGGUUCAGAGGUAACAGAGGACUUUGUGCCACCACACCUGGUUUGUCCACUGACCAAAAAGAUGUUUAUCGAUCCCGUGAUGACCAUUUAUGGAACUGUCUACGAACGCAAAGCCAUUGACAAACAUCUGAAGAUAGAAAGCACAGAUCCUGUCAAGAAGGAACCCCUGCAUGAAACUCAGCUGAAGCCCUACCCAGACAUGCGCAAGAUGGUGCGGGAUUUCCGCAGUCAGCAGAUUCAGUGAACAAUGAGGUGUAAUGAAGCAAACCCAUACAUUUGGGUGACAUCAGUGCAAUAAUUAUACGCUAUUGAUAUAUCAAUGUUUUCUAACUUGAGUUUUCCCUUUUUACAAUAAGAUGAUUAUAUUAUUGUCAGUAAAUGCUCUGGUUAAUCAGUAAAACGUCACUUUUGGGAAUGUGUUUUCUAAUAGAAGGUAAAUUGAAGUAGAAGGUUGACAUUUAUCAAAAUAAUUGUGUAGUGUUCAAUUGCCUAGACUAGUUCAGUUUUGAUAAUCAAGCAGUUAUGCAAGUUAAAAAGCUAAGAGAUAUAUGCAGUUAUCUUACUUUCGUCAUGUCAUCAAAUAAGGCAUGCUACAUUUAUUUUAGAGUGCAGUAGAGUUUUCAAUGUUGUUAUUUGUGUUGGCAACUUCAAACCUUCAAGACUAACCAAAGUUUUGAUAGGAGGUAUGUUUUCCUCUUUUUGAGAAAUAAAUUCCAAAUAAACGAA